AUGACACAAUCACUUCGUCUUCAGGAUAAAGUUGCCAUCGUGACUGGCGCCUCUUCUGGUCUUGGUCGAGCUAUCGCCGUCAGGUACGCGCAAGAAGGCGCAAAGGUAGUCUGUGCCGACCUGACAACAACGGCCCGAUCCCAAGAAGAAGCCGGAAUUACAACGCACGACUUAAUCGUUAAGAAUGGUGGGCUUGCCACUUUUGUGCAAACCGAUGUCGGAGAUGCGACGCAAAUGGAAAACUUGGUUCAGGCCGCUGUGAAGGAGUAUGGUAGGCUUGACAUUCUGGUAAAUAAUGCCGGAAUCAGCAUCGAGGCACGGACACCAGCCGUGCUGCAUUUGACUGACGAAGCUACUUGGGAUACAACGAUGCGCGUGAACAGCAAGUCUGUGUUUCUUGGCUGUAAGUAUGCUCUUACACAGAUGCUCGCGCAAGAGCCCCAUUCUUCAGGGGACCGAGGAUGGAUCAUUAAUAUUUCGUCCAUCAUGGGCAUGAUUGGAGGCCCGGAGAACCCUUCUUAUUGUGCAUCGAAGGGGGCUGUCAGCCAGCUUACAAGGCAGAUGGCUCUGGACUAUGCGCCUCAUAGAAUUCAUGCCAAUGCGAUUUGCCCUGGAUAUACCCAAACUGCCAUUUUCAAGGAGACAACUACUUACAUGACCCCUUGGGCUGAUCUAAACCGCCGACACCCGCUGAAGGGUCCUGGUCUCCCAGACGAUAUUGCCAAGAUGGCGGUCGUUUUGGCAAGCGAAGAUGCUAGCUGGGUUACUGGGGUUUGUUUACCGGUAGAUGGUGGAUACACAGCCCGUUAG